AUGUUCCCUGUGAGAAAUGAACUCAGUAUUCUUCAGCAGCCAUCAGCCAGUUUAAUGGCCUUCCAACUGUGGGGCCAUUUUAUGUUCCCUCGCACUGCUGUUCCGCUAGAUACCUUUGCGCCUACUCCUGCCAGCGGAACAAAAGAAGUCACAAUGACUGUCAAUAAUGAGCUCAUCCAUGAAACAAAACGAAAAAUUGAGCUGAAACCUAUCGACAGCCCAGAGUCCACAUCUUCAUCGGAGUAUAGAGCCAGGGUUCCUGGUCUUAUGUUCAUAUCACUACAGUCCGGAACGACGAGGUAUGCGGUUGUCCUUUGUACCAAAGAAGAAGGGUUUGAUAAGGGAUCCUGCAUAGAGAUACCUAAGUCAUGGAAAAGUCUGAUCCGCGAAGACCAGUCACAUGCGAACUUAGAAGGCAACUUAGUCGUACGACCGAUACGGUGGGGUGACGAAGUAAUACUGAAAUCAGUGGUGUCCUCCAUAGCAGCCAGCGAAGUCGAGAAGAGAGAGCCAGUUGAUCUCUCGCUAGAUUCGAAAUAUUGUGCAGAUGCCGCCGGAUUUUCGUGCGAUCGUUGCGGCAAAGUGUUUAGUUACUCGUACUAUCGCGAUAAACACCUCAAGUACACUAGAUGCGUCGACAACGGCGACAGGAAGUACCCGUGCCCAAUCUGCCCGAGAUCCUUCGAGAAAAGGGACCGUUUACGAAUUCACAUAUUGCAUGUUCACGAAAAUCACCGGCCGCAUCUGUGUACAGUGUGUGGUAAAGCUUUCAGCCAAUCCAGCAGUCUCAACAAGCAUCUUCGUGUUCAUUCCGGAGAGCGACCAUACAAGUGUUCAUUCUGUCCAAAAGCUUUCACGGCAUCUUCGAUACUUCGCACACAUGUCCGUCAGCACAGCGGUGAGAAACCAUUUAAG